AUGGAUUUGAGCAGAAACAAUUUUCAUGGAGAAUUACCCGAAGGACUAUCUCACUUGGGCAGAUUGAAAGUCCUAAACUUGACCAUCAACAAUCUCAGUGGAAAGGUUCCCUCUUGGUUAAGUUCCUUCCAAAAUCUCCAAUACCUGUCGCAUGCAAACAAUUCAUUCACAGGUGUUAUCCCUCCUGCUAUCUGUAACGUAUCGACUUUGAAGUCAUUGUCGUUGUCAUUCAAUUCUCUGUCUGGAAAACUUCCAAUAGAGAUUGGGAAUCUGCAAAGCUUGAAGAAAUUAAGCAUUGAAUAUAAUUAUCUUUCAGGUUCAGUGCCAUCCAAGAUUUUCAAUAUCUCGUCAUUGGAAAUUAUUUCAUUUCUGAGUAAUAGUCUGUCUGGUAGCCUUCCGGCUGACAUGUGCUCCCCUCCUCGAAGAAUCAAGUGGCUUAACCUAUCGGAUAAUAAGUUAGGUGGUCAAAUACCAUCAACGUGGUUCCACUGUUCACAGCUUCAAAUGCUAUCCUUGUCUAUCAAUCAGUUUAUUGGAACCAUACCAAAUGAAAUUGGAAACUUGACAGCGCUGGAGGAGCUAUAUCUUGGCGUUAACAAUUUUAGAGCAACAAUACCAGAACAAUUCUGUAAUCUGCAUAGACUGAAACAACUCUGGAUAGAGGAAGCUAGCUUAACUGGAUCUAUACCAGCUCAACUCUUCAACAUAUCAACUCUACUAGUUGUUGUACUGAAUGACAAUAUUCUUUCCGGCAAUCUUCCAUUAAGCAACCGCCAAAGAUUACCAAACUUGGAAGUUCUGUCCGCUCGUGGCAACAAGCUGCAUGGAGUAAUACCGGCCUCCAUCUCAAAUGCCUCUAAUCUAUAUUACUUAAAUCUUGCUAGAAACAAAUUUAGUGGUCCGAUUGCUGACUCCCUAGGAGAUCUAAGAUUGCUUGAACAUUUGAAUCUGGGACAGAAUUAUUUUACUUGUGAACCUUCCAUAUUGGAAUUGAGCUUCAUCAGUUCCUUGACCAAGUGCAAAUAUCUUGAAUUCUUAGGCAUGAAUGACAACUCUUUCAAUGGCUCCAUACCUAAAUCUAUUGGGAAUCUAUCUCAUUCCAUAGAGAAAAUUUUUGCUUCUGAAUCUGAACUCAUGGGAAGCAUUCCAGAUUGGUUUGGAUAUUUGAGCAAUUUAUUACUUUUGAGUCUGUACGGAAAUCACUUGACUGGAUCAGUCCCAUACACAUUCAAAAGUUUGCAAAAGCUUCAAGCAUUAAAUCUAGAAAAUAACCUACUGAGUGGUCCUCCGCCACAUCAUUUUUGUGACAUGAGUAGCUUGUACAUAGUAACAAUGGGUCAAAAUCAGAUUUCAGGGGCCAUUCCUUCGUGCCUUGGUAAUGUUACUUCUUUGGGAAAUGCAAAACUUGAAGGCAGCAACAAGUUUAAAUUUGUCAGCAAAUGA